UUUGCACUAGCCACUAUUUUUCUGCAGUGUCAAAGAAUCGUGGAAGACGUGACAUAACCCUACAGACAAAGCUGUCAGUUUUUAUACAUUGCCUAUACAAAUAAUGUAAAUAAAAGUAUUUUUAUAAAAAAAAUACAAGAAUUUUUUAAACUGGAGUAGCCGCAAGAAAAGAGAUGGACAACGAGAGACUUUUGGCCGCAAAAAAGAAGCUGCGGGAGUAUCAAAUGAAUAAACGUCAAGAUCAAAGAAGAAAAGGGAGUGUAGGUAGUGACGGUGACCCAAUAAAAGUGAAUAAUGAUCAGAGGUCCUCCGAAAAUAGCACACCUGAAAAAAGUCAAGAGCUGUUUCAGUUUAUGCAAACAUAUGUGGACUCAACAGAAAAUAGCAAUAAGGAUUUAACUGAUGCUAAAUAUUUUUUUGAAUCUCCUCAAUUCAAUAAAGAAUCAGACCAAAGCAAAAAUUUUAUAACAUCUGAAGUGCAAUUUGAUGUAAAUAAUCAAAAUAAUUUAGAAACUAAUCAAGUCAUUAAUGGAACAUCACAGGUGCAACCUUUUGAUGGUACCUUUCCUGAUAAUAGCAGAAGUAGUUCGACCAACUCGUCUCAAUUAACGAAUGAAAAUGUAGAAAAAAAUAUGCAAGAUGAGAAUAACUCUACAUUACCAGUGCAAUUAACAGGAACAGCUAUUAAUGAACCUUACAGUACUUCUACCUCACUUCAAAAAGAACACUUACUCCAAAUGGCUAAUGAUGUGGCUAAUGUUUUGGAACAUGACUUGGGAGCAAAUGAUUCUGUUAAUUCAUCCACUCAUUAUUCUGAUUUGGAAGAAAAAAAUCAAUUUUUAACACAGUGUUUAGAAGAACAAAAAAGGAUGGUCAAUCAACUACAUAUUCAAUUAGGACAAUGUAGCACAAGAAUAUCUGAAUUAGAAGCAAUUGUUGCUACUAAAGAAGCACAUUAUGAAGGAAUGCUGCUUAGAGAACUUGGACCCUUGAAAGAGCAAAUCCAACUUGAUGCACAAACCAUUGGAAUUUUAGUUGCUGAAAAAGCUGAGCUGACUGCUACUAAUACCCAAUUCCAGACUGUAAUUCAACAAAAAACUGAUGAUGUGAAAGAGUUAUUUAGUAAAUUCAAAGAAUCACAGUAUAAAAUAAAUAACUUGGAAUCUGAAUUAACAGCAGCUAAAAACAGUAUUGAAAAUAUUUCUAGUAUGUAUGAACAAUUACAAACCAAUUACAAAGAUCUGGAUGAAAAAGCUUCACAGCUCAAGAAAGAAAACGAAUCUUUUGAAAUGGAUAAUUCUGAGCUAAAACAAAAGUUAAAUUAUAAAUCUACAGAAGUAUCCAAUUUACAACAAGAAUUACAAGAAAAAUUAGCUCUUUUACAAUUGAGUGAAAUAAGAUUAAAUCAAUUGACCAAUGCUCCACAUGAAAUGAGUUCUCUUGAAACUCAACAUCAGACAACUAAAGCUCUAGAACAACAACUUUCUCAAAUGAAACAAACAUUAACAAGUUUAAGUGGUGAAAAAGAUGAAGUGAGUAAAAACUAUCAGAACUACAUACAGCAACUAGAUGAACGAAAUGCAAAACUUGUUGCAGAACUUGAAUCAUCGAAAAAGCGAAUCGUUGAUUCUGAAAUACGUGAGCAAAGUUACAUUCAAAGACUAUCUGAACUGGAACUUCAUCUUCAAAAAGAAAAAGACAAGAUACAAGCUGAAGAGAAAAUAUCGCAGCCAUUUGAAGAUCAGUCUGCAAAAAUUGAAAUGUUGACAAAAAGCAUGGAUAAUCUUGUUUUAGAGCAAGAAAAUUUACAAUCAUUAAUGAAUCAAAAGGAUAACGAAAUUGAAAUUUUGAAACGUGAACUUCAAGAAUUACAAGAAUUUAAAGAACGUAGUGUUGAAGCAACAAAAUUAGCUACUGCCUUACAAAGUGAACAACUAGGAGCUUCCAGAGCAGUGUCUCAAAAUCAACAACUAAAAAGUCAACUAGAAGAAAUGCAAAAUGCAUUCAUUAGUUUGAGCAAUACGAAAUUAGACCUCACAGAACAAUUACAAGCUGAAAGAACCAUUGGUAAAAAAUUAAAUGCUCAUCUCAAUCAUGUAGAAAAACAAAUGGAUGAAUUGAAAGAAAUAUUAGCAGAAAAGGAAGCAACUUUGGUUAAAUACGAAAAGGAGAAGUUGCAAGCUGCUCAAAUUGAAGAUCAAAUUCAACAUUAUCAAGCCCAAUCUCACAGCUCAACUACGCUGCAGCAUGAGCUUCAAAAAGCAAUGUUAAUGAUCGAAACACUUAAAAGUGAAAAUAAGUUGUUACGACUGAAACUAGAGCCUGAUCAAGAAGAAGGUGUAACUGAAAUUGAAAGCUUGGAAGAAAAUGCUACUGAAAAUGAAACUGUAAAUGAAUCUGAAACGAUUAAAAAUUCCAAUGAUCAGAAUGAAUCAUUAACUGAAAAGAAUAAUCAAGAAACUCCAAAAAAUCAAACUGUGAUAUCAGAAGUUAAGGAUAAUAUUAAAUUAGCUGAAUCAUUUAAAAAACUGGAAAAGAAGUUUACAGAAUCUAUGAAAAAACUUGCCGAUGUCGUGGAUGAAAAACAAAAAUUAGAGCAUCUUGUUUUACAGCUACAAGGCGAAACUGAAACUAUUGGAGAAUACGUUUCUUUAUAUCAAAAACAAAGAGCUGUUCUAAAUGAAAAAGCAAAAGAACGCGAAAAUACAUUCCGAGUAGUGUUGGAGCAGCGCAAUCAACAACAAGAACAAUUGCAUAAAUUAAAAUUGCUUGUUGCAGAGCUACUUAAAUCGAAUCGUAAAAUGUCUGUACCAACUGCAACUGCUGCAGAAGAAAAUUUAAAUAUUUCAGAAUCAACUGGUGAGGAAAUCGAUCCAAAUAAAAUUAAAAUUAUCGAAGGACAAUUAAAUAAAGUUGACAUGUCGAGUAAUCUACCAGAUGAUACAACGUCUCAGAUAAUGGAUCUUUUGACCGAAAUAAAAGACUGUAAUACAUGUGUUCUUGAACCGAAUUUCCAACCAUGUCCAUGUUGUUCUGGAAAAUUAAUAACAGUUUAGCAAUUAUUAGAUCAUACAAUCUGUUUUAAUGUUUAUAAAAUGUUUAUUAAUGAUUGUAUUAUAAAAAGAGUGUACAGAAGCGUCACAAAUAUUGUAAUAAUUGUACAUAGGAACCUUAACAACUUUGUUUAUUGUUAUUGAUGUAAUAUUAAUUUAAAAACUGCUUAAAUAACACAUAUAGAUAAAAAAAUCUUGUCAUUUA